AUGUUAUCUAAUUUUUUUAAGACCAGCACCAUCACUUCAAAUGUUUUGUUUGCUUCUAAAGCCAUUGUUCCAAAGUUGCAGUCAUUACAAGCCAGUAACAAGAGGUUAAUUUCUACAAGAAAUAGUAUUCUUUUACAAAAGAAGCAAGGUAAAUCUUCAGAACAACCUCAAUCUAUUUUGACUGAUGAUUUAUUGACUAAAGCUGGGAUAGAUAUCGAUGAUCCUUCCCUAAGUACCAAGAAUGGUCCACAAUCUAGUUUUAGUGAAACAAAUGACAAAAACGCUGAUAAUCAACAACAGAGUGGUGCUGAUGGAACUCAAACAAAGAAAUCCAAGAAAUCAAGAAAGACUACCACCGAAAUCAAAAGAGAAAGAUAUGCUAAUUGGUUCUAUAUUUUCUCAUUCUCUGCAAUUGGUGGAUAUGGGUUAUAUAUGACUAGAGAUUGGGAAGAUAAUGAACCACAGGAAUUAAAAGAUAAAGUAGCCAAUGGCUAUACUGCUUCUUUGAUGUAUGGUAGAUUCAAAGCUAGAUUCAAUUCCAUCUUUACUUAUUUCCAAGAACCUCCAUUCCCAGAUUUAUUACCACCUCCACCUCCACCCCCAUACCAAAGACCUCUAACUCUUGUGUUGAGUUUGGAAGACUUGUUAGUUCAUUCGGAAUGGACUCAGAAGAACGGUUGGAGGACUGCCAAGAGACCUGGUGUUGAUUAUUUCCUUGGUUAUUUAUCUCAAUACUAUGAAAUUGUUUUAUUUUCUUCCAAUUACAUGAUGUACAGCGAAAAAAUAGCUGAGAAAUUAGAUCCACUACAUGCUUUCAUUUCUUAUAAUCUUUAUAAAGAGCACUGUGUCUAUAAAGAUCAUGUCCAUAUCAAAGAUUUGUCCAAAUUGAAUAGAGAUGUCAAUAAAGUUAUCAUGAUUGACACUAAUCCGGAUUCUUAUAAACUACAACCGGAGAAUGCUAUCCCGAUGAAACCAUGGGAAGGUGAAAAUGAUGAUAAAUUGAUUCAAUUGAUCCCAUUCUUGGAGUAUUUAGCUACCCAACAAGUGUCCGAUGUUAAGCCUAUCUUAAACAGUUUUAAGGAUAAAUAUAAUAUCCCAUUGGAAUUUCAUGACCGUGUUAAUAAAUUAAGAACUAAAUUUGUAGAAGAACAAGAAAAGAAGGCACAAGGUAAUUGGGCAUUACGUCUAUUAGGCGUUGCUACUACAUCCUAUAAUAAUAGCAAAUUCCCAUUGGAUUUGAUUCGUGAAGAGGGUGAAAAGAACUAUAUUAGAUUCAUGAAAUUGAUUGAAGAAGAAAAGGAGAAGAUGAGAAUUCAACAAGAAAAGAUGAGUGGUCAAACUUUCACUUUGAAGGAUUAUGUAGAAGGUAACAUACCAACUCCUGAGCAGCAGAUGGAACAACAAGCAAAAUUACAAAAAGAGGUGGACGAAAUUUAUGAACAAAGAAAGAGGGAAAGAACUGAGACUAAUUAA